GAGGCGGUGCUAAAGGGAUGUUGUGCUAACGGUUAGCUACAGGAGGCUAACUGCUUCUUCUUCAGAUAUUUCUGAAGUAAACACACACUGCUUGCAUUUUAACAUUUGUAAUAAACCGAGAGAUGAACGGGAGCACCAAUCCGCUGCUGGACAAAGAGGAGCAUGUCCUGAAGCUCGGGGAGAGCUUCGAGAAGAGGCCAAAAUCCUCCUUUCAUACUAUCAGAUAUGACUUCAAACCAGCCUCCAUCGACACGAGCUGUGAGGGAGAGCUGCAAGUUGGGAAAGGAGAAGAAGUUACCAUCACGUUACCUCACAUCCCAGGCUCCACGCCUCCCAUGACGGUGUUCAAAGGGAACAAGCGGCCGUACCAGAAGGACUGUGUGCUCAUCAUCAACCACGACACCGGGGAAUUCAUGCUGGAGAAGCUGAGCAGCAGCAUCCAGGUCAAGAAAACCAGGGCGGAGGGCAGCAGUAAGAUCCAGGCGCGGAUCGAGCAGCAGUCGGUCCGCUCCACCUCUCAGCCCUCCUCUCAGUUCCGAGCCCCCACAAAGCCCGGGGCCAAAGCCUCCCCCUCCCCCUCUAAAGACGACCCGUCCCCGGAGCCUCAGCUGGACGACAUCAAGAGAGAGCUGCGUGCGGAGGUGGAAGUCAUCGAGCAGAUGAGCAGCAGCUCCUCGGACUCGGCCUCCGGCAGCGGAGAGGAGAGCAGCGACGGAGAGCCGGACGUCGUCCCCCCCCGGCCGCUCAGCCAGACCUCGCCCCCCCGCCCCCCUCCCACAGCCAACGGGGGGCAGCCGGGCAACAACCAGCUCAUGAACACACUGCGAAACGACCUUCAGCUCAGCGAGUCGGGCAGCGACAGUGAUGACGACUAAACUCUCUUCCUCUCUAAACACACACACACACACACACACACACACACACACACACACACACACACACACACACACACACACACACACACACACACACCCUCCUCUCCACUGGUUCCUUUGCUGUGGCAGCUCCCAGCUGUGUAUCCCAGUUUGAUUGUAUCUUUUAUUUUUUAUUUUCGUAUAUCCUUAAAGCUAAGAGUGUAUUUUUUAUUAGAUGUUAUAUUUUAUUUUGUAUAGCGAGACAGAGAAACUUUUACUUGGUCGGUUUGGAAGAUUAUAUAUUGGAGUGCACAUAUUUUCUGUACUCAGAGCAGCUACUUUUAUCUCCAUGUAUCAUCUGUCUCUCGUUGGGUUUGUCUUUACGCUGAGGCGAGGAAGAGAUCAUUUUGAAAGAUAACCACUCUCUCACCUCGUCUGGUUUUAAUCAGAGAAGGCUGUGGGAAGCUUCUCUACUUCUGUGUCAUGUUUUUAAUGUUUAUUGGUAUAAAGAAAAUGCAGAAUUGUCUAUGCAUCAGUAACACAUUGAUGAAAAACAAGUCAAAUUUAGAGCAUAUUUUAGCAGUAAUCUCAUUACAGAGACCUUAAUUAACUUUUUGUUAAUUGCUCUUAUGUCAUGAUUUAAGUUGUGUACUGACAUGACCUUCUAUUAACUGAAAGAUAGCAAAGUUGCAGGUGUUAAUCUGCAUUUGGGGUUAUUCUUUUACCACUAGAGGGCAGAAGAGACCUAAAAACAAACUGCCAGAAACAGAUCUGACAUGAAUAAGCUUUUAAUGUUGCUAAUAGUUAGCAAGCAGUUGAAUGUAAGAAAUCCACCAAAUCUAAAAACCUAUCCGUGUUUAGGAACUCAAACCCUAAACAUGUGGUGUGUUUGUAGCUGGAGAAUAACGAAUAAUAAGCUAAACAAGGUCAAAUAUUCCAGUCAAGACGCAAAAUGGUGUGUUCUUGGAAGUGUUACCUGAUCAAAAGGUACCCAGCAACAUAUGGGAACAACACAUGCCCUCCAUCAAACAGAGGAGGAGAUAGUAAGAUGUGCUAAUAUGAAUGCAUUUUCUCAACUGGGUGCAUUAUGUUCUACCUUCUCGUCACAAUGAAUCCCAAUUCCUCGCAGUAUAACCAGUUACAGUAUGAUACCUAUUACCAUUCGUCAGAUCCUGUGAUGAUAACGGUCUAAAACCUUUAAAUAUUCCGUUAUCUCUCACCAAAAACAAGUAUUCACAGGCGUUCUCCCUAGAAUUACUGAUAAUAAUUGAGUCUAAAGUGAUUCAUUUGUUAAUAAAAGUCCUUCAAAGGCACCUGAAACUCAAAUGAUACACGAUUACGUCUGAAAAAGGGAAAUAAAAUAGUUCAGAAAGUUCUUGUUUUUCUCCACACAGACACUCUUUGUUCUAAGUCGUGUCAUUUUUCAAUCAAACUUAUUUUUUUAGACCCCACAUUUCCAUAUAAUAUGAAAGGAUCAUUCCAUGCCUUACAGCGUCUCAGUGAAGGUGAAUGUGUUGUUUUGUGAAAAAGCCAAAGAGUGAAACUGCCUCUGGACGCUUCACAUGUCGCUGUGUCAUCGUUUUCAUUAAAAGCAUUGUUUGUGUUGAUGUGAUCAUCUGCAGGAGACACUCUGUGAUGAUUGUAAAGUGAAUCAUUAUCAAUGCAACAAAACAACCUGCAGUCAGAAACACUAAGGGAGAGUUUCAUAGCAAAAUGCCAAGACUUCAUUUUAUUAGGAAUUUGAAACAGUAUUUUUGGUUAAAAAGUGUAAUAUAAGACGGGCUUUCUUUGAUCCCUGUUGGGAUAUGUUGGACUUAUAAAAAGGUUUUAAAGUUAGAGGAAUGUUCCUUCUAGUUAAUUUGACAAUGAAUCUGUAGAGCAGAGUCCUGAUCAACUAAGAAAUUGAAAAAUUGUCUCACGUUUUUUUACGAGGAAGGAGAAGUAACCAACACAAAGUGACUGUUUAUCUUUUUCUAAAUUGUAAAAUGAACCUUCAGCUGGUUUGAUAAAUCAGCCGCUGAGGCUCAAACGUCUCUCAUCAGUCUCUGAAUUCACUUUGAAAAUCUGUCACACCUCGGUUGUUGAAUGUUGUAUUUGGUUAUUUUGUUGUCAUGUUUUUAUAUUAGUGCUACGUUUAUGUGAAAUGUGUUUGUACAAACUUGAAGUGUAUUAAAAGUGUUUAAAUUCA